CUUAACGUCCGGCAGCUCGGGAAACGCGCACCUCGUGGAGGAGAGUCACAUAUCACAUCCACGAGGCGAUGUCAGAUGAGCAAUUUCUCUUCUCCGAGCGGACCGUCUGUUUGGGUGGGGAAAAUCGAUAGGAAAAGGCGAGUUCAAAGCGCGAGGGAGAGUACACAUGACGACGGGUCAUUAACGCUCUCCCGACCCGACGUGCCGACAGCUACGUCGACGGUAACAAGACGACGACAACAACAAGAGGAGAAUGUCGCAGCGGCGGGAGUGUCGCGAGGGUCUCGUCGCGCCUCGAUGAGAAAGGUAUUCGCGGGCCGAGUCGGGACGGUCGAGUGUUCGCGUCGCAUGCGGUGCGGUAACAGCUGUGGCGCGCGUUAUCGCGCGAGAAGAUGCUGAGGGUGCCCGUCGUCGGCUCGACGUCGUGACGGCUCUCUCGGGACGAGGCGAUCGGGCGAGCGGAGGAACGCGCUCCGGGAGCCGCGUCCGCGUUUCGAAAAAUGACCGCCCGUCGUAGGCUGACGCGCGUCCUGUGCGUGUGGCUGCUCUGUCUGUCGCUGCAGCCGGACUACGCGCACUCCACGCACAUCACCGGUACAUUCAACACGAGGGAGUUCUUCCGUUUCCUCGUCAAGUUCGGCUUCCAGAAGACCGACCGUCAUCGGCAGAAGGACUCGUACGGUUAUAUAUUCGGCAAUGUGACCGCGACAACGGACUUCGACGUGCCCAUCACCCUGGCGAUACUCGAUCGUGGUCAUUUCCUCGAGUAUUACGGCAAUCGCACGCUGAUGGACAAGAGCACCGCGUGCGCCUACAUGUUCAACACGUUGAAAAAGAGUUCCUACGAUCCGCACUGCAACGAGGAAGGUCAAGAUUUCCUGAGGCGAGUCCCGUGUCCUCGAGAUAAAUUAUGUCCGGACGAAGACUCUGUAUGGAAUAUUGUAAAAGGACAUCAAUUCACGUACGUUAUACAAGAUUUUUGGCAGCCACGAUUCUGGUACAUGAGCCUGGUUGCAUGCUAUAGAAACAGAACAACUUGUCAGUGGGAAUAUUACAGCAAACACGAUGAGUUGAAAUAUGAUAUCUGGCUAGUAAAUGGCAAUCCAAACAUUAGUGGCCUAAAUAGCUUGACUUAUCAGUUCUCCUACGACAGACAGGACACCAUGGAGCUAUACUUAUUGUUCUUUCUGUGUUACAUCAUAUUAGUGCCACUGCAGUUGUACGCAGUAAGAUUGCAAAAGCAUCCUGUAACAAGAUUGUUCACUGCUAGUUUAUUAUUAGAAUUUGUGGCAAUAUGUUUAAUCUUGAUACACGUAUUGAAAUUUGCACUAGACGGAGUGGGUUAUGAGCAAUUAGAAGUUGCAGGUGAUAUUUUUGAUAUCCUAUCACGGACAUCUUUCAUGUUAUUAUUGCUCUUGCUUGCUAAAGGAUGGGCAGUAACGAGAAUGGAAUUAACAUGGAAACCACUGGUGUUUGCGAUAUGGUUUUGUUAUGGAGUAGUUCACAUCUUGUUAUAUGUAUGGAAUAUGACAGAAGUUGACAUUAUUGAAGACAUAGACGAAUAUCAAACUUGGCCAGGAUGGUUCAUAUUAUUAUUCCGAAGUGCCAUAAUGGUAUGGUUUCUGUAUGAACUUAGAAACACCAUGACAUAUGAGCAUAAUACUCAAAAAUUGAAUUUUCUCCUUCAUUUUGGUGCAUCAUCGUUAGUUUGGUUUAUAUAUCUACCUAUUAUAGCACUUAUAGCGCUUCAAGUGAGCGCACUAUGGAGGUUUAAAUUGUUAUUAGGUAUAACAUAUUCAGCAGACUGUUUUGCUUAUUGUGUAAUGGCUCAUUUAUUAUGGCCCACCAGAAGUGAACAAUACUUUCUACUUGCGCAAGGUACGGAUAACGGUGAUGAACUCGAUGAAUUUAACGAAGCGCCGCAUGUAUUAAAUAAUUAUGUAGAGCCGCCAGAACUCAGUAAAAUAAUCACUUAAUAUUCGUCCAUUGGAGAUAUAUUAAACAAUGAUAAACGAAGUUUCUAAUUACAAAUGAUGUGAUGUACAUUUGCCAAAUGGUCACUCUAAUAGAAUGAAUAUUCUAAUAUGUACUAUUGAACUGAGAUAUUGUUGUACACAUCUUAUAAUUAGAGAUAUGUUGAUCAUCAAAUUCGGCUAUGUGAUAUCAAGUUAAUAAAUGAUGCAACUGGUGAGUAACUGAUGAGUAUGAUAUGAGUAUGUGCUAAAUACAAUUUUCAAUUUUAUAUAUGCAAAACUAAA